AUGAAUUCGGCUUUCGGUAGAACUUUCCUCUUUCUCACUGAUCUGGCGUGGAAGAGCCGCAUUACGCUCCCGGUGCUGAUAACGGCCGGUUUCAUGAUAAUGAACUUCCGCUGGGAGGUGGAAAUCAACAUCCACACCGAACGGAUCGCGAUGCAGAGGAUGGACGACGGACAGGGCGGCGGUGGUGGCGGAGGAGGACGAGGUGGUGGUGGUGGAGGUGCAAGGGCCGGUGGCGUCGCGGCAAUUGAUUACAGUCUGGAAGAAUCGUGGGAGACGACCGACGAUAGUGACGAGGACGAAGAUGACGAUGUCGACGACGGCGAGGAUGAUGAAACCGAUUACGACGAAGACAGUGACGACGAUGAAAUUUACAGCGACGACGAGGGGGGCGAUGACGAAGUUCGACGCAUAGCUUUGGUCACGUUUUAGCAGUGAGGCGUGGCCCGUUGUUGGUUGGUGACUGAAAGAUAGGUUAAUUGGUAGCAUUAAUAUCCUCUUCAAUGCAAAUAUUUUAAAACUCGUGUUAUUUAUUGGAAUAAACGGUUGUCCGUGAGCACAAA